AUGACCUUUUUAGCGAUGUCAAAUGCGAGCAUCUCGGAUGACAAUCCUAAUUGGCUCUACGACAUUUCCUCUAACAUGGACAUUUUGGAUAUCUCAAGCAACAUGCUCAGAGGCGAAGUUCCCCAGGAUAUCGGAGACAAGAUGCCACAGUUUAUUAACUUUGAGACUUUCUGUUUAGAGGAAAAUCACUUCGUUGGAGGCAUUCCUCCACAACUUUGCCGACUUAGCUAUCUCCAUUUCUUGAGCCUAGCACAAAAUGAGGUUUCAAAACCCAUUCCCAAUUGUUUUGAUGGCUUCUUGUCUAUGGUUGAUAAUGCGCGUCAUCAUGAGAAUUUGCCGGUGGUUAUCGGUCUUAAUGUCCUGGUUGACACAAAGGGAACCAGCCAAAUAUAUGGAAAUGCGCUGUCAUACUUCUUCUCAAUCGAUCUUUCAGCAAACAUGUUGGAUGGGCAAAUACCAGAAGAGUUUAUUAGGCUCGUCAAACUUCAAAAUCUCAACCUCUCUCAAAAUAAUUUGAGUGGACACAUCCCCUCAAACAUUAGUGACUUGAAAAACUUGGAAUCUCUUGAUCUAUCCAGAAACAAACUGUCAAGUACCAUCCCCCUAGGCACAUCCAACAUAGACUUCCUUAGUUAUCUGAAUCUGUCCUUCAACAGACUCUCUGGCUCUAUUCCAUCAAGCAACCAUCUGUGCACCAUGGACAAUGAAUCUAUUUAUCACGACAACGACGGACUCCGUGGAGCUCCUCUUUCCAAGAUUUGUCCUGGAGAUGAGCCAUCCGGUACUGACGGUGAUAAUUCGAGUGGAGAUAAGCCUAGCGAAGGUAAUUUGGACAUCCACAAUUGGUUCUAUGCAGGAUUGGGACCAGGUUUUACCGUGGGAUUUCUGGGAUUCUGUAGCAUCUUGCACUUCAAGCAAUCUUGGAGGGUCUCUUACUUUCGAGCGAUGGAUAAGGCCAUGGAGAUAUUCUCAAUGACAAUGAUGAUCGCCAAGCUUUGGCUCAAGAGAACAUUUGUACAACGCGAAUAG